AUGCGCGCGUCCACACUCAUUGCCGUCGCUUUCGCGAGCAUUGUGUCUGCGCAUGGCUCCCACGGUGGUGGUGCUCACGGCGGUACCUAUGGCGAGGAGGCGCGAACAGACUACCCAAACUGGAUGGCGAGACACAUGGCCGAGGAACAUGGCAUGGACAUUUACGACUCCCUGUCCUUCUUCACGCUCCACGACUUUGACAGCGACGGUGUCUGGGAGAGGGAAGAGAUGCAGCGCAUGUACGGGCUCAUGGACCCGAGCAACAAGGACGUCAGCGACGACCGCCGCGAAGAGGCGUACCGCACGCUGCUCGCGCAGCUCGACGCCAACAAUGACGGCUUGGUCUCGCGGGACGAGUUUACCAAAUUCAUCCUCGACGGCAAGACGCUGCCCGACCUGGGCUUCGGGCCGGGCCACCACGGCGACGACGAGUACGAGUACGAAGUCCAUCACUGGAACAAGUACCACAACGAAGACACGAAGCUCGAGGACCUGACACAUCCCGCGGACAUUGAGCAUUUCAAAAAGCACGAGGAAUUGGAGGAUGCUGAGGAGAGGCAGCAGACCAUGGACAAGCUGUCAAUUGUCGAGGCCAACAUCCCUGCCAAAUUCUUGCGCGUGCAACAAUAA